AGUAAUGAUAUAUUUACUUCAACAUAGAGAUACGCCAGAUAAGCGGUAUCAUAUGUCAUACAUUAUUUUACAUUGAAAACGAAAGAGGAAGUAAACAUGUUAGUUCAUGGAAUUCUUCUUGUAUGACUGUUGAUAAAAAACGGAACUCUGUACAGUACACACAUUGAUCCAUGGCUGCUUCUCUACCUGUCGUCGCCACAGCUUUGCACGAGCGUCUUCAAGUGGCAGCCAUUGACUUUGGUACAACCUAUUCUGGAUAUGCGGUGUCCUUUCGUGCCGAAUUUCUUGAAAAUCCAUUAAAGAUUUUCACGAACAAUUGGAAGACUGGAUCAACCAGUGCUGUGUCUCUGAAAACCUCGUCAUGUAUACUGUUCGACCCAGAUCAAAAUUUUCAUAGUUUCGGAUUUGAGGCAGAAGAUGCUUACGCGAAAUUGGCUGAAGACGAAAAACAUUUCAAUUGGUAUUAUUUUAAAAGAUUCAAGAUGCUUCUGUACGAAAAUAAGCAUUUAAAAAGAACUAUCAAGCUGAAGGAUGACAAAGGUCUUGAAAUGCCCGCGAUGAAGGUAGUGACGGAGUGCAUACGGUACUUGAAGGACCAUCUCAUAAGGACGUGUGAGGAGAGGAAAACAGGACUAAAUGUUCGCGAGAUUCACUGGGUCUUAACUGUGCCAGCAAUAUGGGACGACUCUGCCAAACAGUUCAUGAGGGAAGCAGCUAUUGAGGCUGGUAUUGAGACCCAGAAUUUAUCGUUGGCACUGGAACCGGAAGCUGCAUCAUUAUUCUGUAGGUACCUUCCGGUAGAGAGGGUCCAGGGUGAUGAUGGUGUCGGAAAGAUAGCUAGUUUUUCUCCAGGAAAGAGAUAUCUCGUACUGGAUGCUGGAGGAGGAACGGUUGACAUAACUGUUCAUGAAACACUGCCAGACAGUACAGUAAAAGAGAUAUACAAGGCCAAUGGAGGACCGUGGGGAGGAACUACGAUAGAUAAAGCUUUUCUCAACUUUCUCAUUGAAGUGGCUGGAGAAGACACAAUCGAAAUUUUUGAAAGAGAUUUUAAAGAGGACUUUCUAGAGCUGUUUAGAGAGUUUGAAAUAAAGAAGAAGACAUUCGGUCCAGACAUAGAGGGUAACCAGAAAAUAACGUUCAAGGUUCCAAUUUGUAUACACGAGACUUACAGAAUGCAACAUAAUGGAGAAGAUUUCCGACGAAGUCUCUUAAUGAAGCAAAGCUUAAAAGGUCAGAUCAGUUUUACGGGUGAUAAGCUGCGUGUGCAACCAGAGCAGGUGAAGAAAUUGUUUGCAGAAACGUGCCGAAGAAUUGUUACCCAUCUUCGAGAAAUUUUCUCUAAAUCUGCUGUUAGGAACACCGAUACUAUUUUAAUGGUUGGCGGGUUUUCUGAGUCUAUAAUGUUGCAACAUGCCGUAAAGCAAGCGUUUCCGGAAAAGAAGGUCAUCAUACCGGAGGAGGCCGGACUGGCAGUUUUGAAAGGAGCGGUAAUAUUUGGUCACAAUCCAAACAUGAUUGUAGCAAGAGUUGCACGUCAGACGUAUGGGCUGAACGUAUACAGAAAUUUCGAUCCGAAUGUUCAUCCAAUCGAACGUUUAGUUAUAAUAGACGGCAAACAAAAAUGUCGAGGUUGUUUCAGUAAGCACGUAGAAGUUGGACAAGAAAUUCCGGCAGGGAUGACAUUUGAAGAAAAAUCAUAUUACCCUGCGUCAAGAUCUAGUACAUCUAUGGUAUGUAGCAUAUACACAUCCAGCCAGCGGAACCCGGUUUUUGUUGAAGAUCGUGAAUGCAAGUAUCUCGGCCAGCUCCCAAUGGAUGUAUCUCAUAUAGAGAAUUACAAGGAUCGGAAAGCACUGGUAAAGAUGAUAUAUGGACAAACGGAGUUGGGUGUUGAAGUUCGAAAUGCCAAAACUGGUGAAAAACUAAGUGCCUCGUUCAAUUUCCUUGAUUAAUUCAAUUCAAAAUGGUCAUGCUGUGUGAUAGCUUGUUAAUAUUUGAACUAUCAAAAUUUAAAAUUAAAUAACUGUUUACUUACUUUCUGUCAAAUACAUACCACCAAUGAUUCAGAUUUCAAACGUAUGAAUGUUAUUGUGAUUUGUAAUUAGAUCUAUAUAUAUAUAUAUUAACUUCACGAAAAAAGUAUCACAUUUAGCCAUUUUAAUGAGAAAUGAGUGACAGGAACCAAAUAAAUGUAUCACUACAAAACCAUCAACAAAAUUAUUUGAAUUUAUUUUCAAAAAAAAAUUCAAAAUUAUUUGAAAACAAAUUCAUUCAUUUAAUUCUGUCUUAUAUAUAUAGUUCACAAGUAUAAUGAUUUUGUUGUCUGUGA